AUGCAUAAAAAUUUCCUCAUCACGGGCGCUGGUAGAGGCAUCGGCCGUGGCCUGUCGCGACUCCUGCUGCAGCAAGGCCACCGCGUCUUUCUCAUCGACAACAAUAGUAUUGAACUAGAGCACGCAAUCCAUCAACUUUCUCAAUAUUUUCCACAAGACAGCUACUCCCGGGCACAAUGUGAUCUGUGCGAGCCAUCUGAGAUUCAAUCAGCCAUUUCAAAAGCUGGGGAAUUCUUCAGCGGCCACCUCGAUGUCCUAAUCAACAAUGCCGCGUAUACCGCUGGCGUUGGAAACGCAUCUUUUGCGGACCUUAGCCUCGAGACAUGGAACAAGAGCGUACAGACAAAUUUAACAGGAUCAAUGUUGAUGAGUCAAGGCUGCCUCCCUUUGUUGAAGAAAACUGCCGAUCGCCAGCGCGGAGGCUCCAUUAUCCAUAUGUCUUCAACGCGUGCGCGUCAAUCCGAGCCUCACUCCGAAGGCUAUGCUGCAACUAAGGCUGGGUUAAUAGGAUUAACGCACGCAAUGGCUGCUAGCUUGGCUCCGGAUGGCAUAGCUGUCAAUGCAAUCCUUCCAGGAUGGAUCAAUGUUGCCAAUGAAUGCAAAGAGGCCGAUGAAAAUGGCAUGAAAUGGGAAGACGGUUUAUCGGAAGACGACCACCGAUGGCACUUUUCGGGUCGUGUCGGUCGAGUGGAGGAUAUCCUGCGAGCCGUCGAAUAUCUAGCACAGGCCGAAUUCGUCACUGGGACUGAAAUGGUGGUAGAUGGAGGUGUUACCAGGAAGAUGGUGUAUCCUGAAGAAUAA